CAUGGUUUUAUGUCCGCUCUCAUUGCUUCAGGUCACUGAAGAUUUUAGUUUCUAAAGCUUGACUUAACCGGAGUUUAUUAUUAUUAUUAUUAUUAUUAUUGUUAUUAUUAUCAUUAUUGUUAUUAUUAUUAUUAUUUAUUAAUAUUAUUAUUAUUAUUUAUUAUUAACGUUCAGGACGUAAGCGAUUACUUUUACUGUUGCUCUGUGUAUAUAUAGGAUUAUUUCAGAUAACGUUACACUAUAAAGAAAAUGAGUUUAGUGAUUUAGGUUAACCAGUCCUAAAUGCUUUUUAAAAAGACGGGUCAACAUCAAACCAGCUUUAACUGUAUGUAGCAUUCACUAAAUUGACUGUUUUUCUCUAGAUAAUUAUUAUUAAGAUUAUAUUGUAAGUGUGCGGUCCGUUGAAUGGUGCCGUCUGAAUCAAUAAUAGUCAAAGGUAGGGAUAAGUCUUCUCUUCUCUUCGCAUCUCCUCGUUAAUUGAAGAAAUAUAGCCUGUAAUCUGUUACUACAGUGUCAUAAACUGGUCUUGUAGUCCAAACCGUAUUGACUUUAUCUUCUCCAAGGCUAUAUAUUACGUGGACCCUUUACGUCAUGGGUAUAUAACAUUUCAACUGUGAAUUGGACUCGACUCCCGCUCAUUUCUUGCAUAAAUGGAUGAUGACUCACCGGAUGAGGUGUUUACUGACUUCAGGACCAGACACCUUGGAGGUUGGGGUGUUGUGCAGAUAGCUGCUGGCACUGGGCUUGCUGUCUAUGUGAUGUGGGUUGGAGUCCUUCAGCCUGGCUUUCGGAGGGUACCACUGAAGCUACAGGUCCCCUACAUCCCUGCCAGCAAAGCACAAGUAAAAAAUGUGAUGACUUUGAUGAGAGGUCGAACAGGUGAUCUAGUCGAUUUGGGAUCUGGUGAUGGUCGUAUUGUUUUGGAAGCCUAUCAGCAUGGCUUUAGCCCAGCUGUUGGCUAUGAGCUCAACCCCUGGCUUGUACGGCUGGCUCGCUUUCAUGCCUGGAGAGCAGGUUGCUACGGAAAAGUGUCAUACAGACAAGAAGAUCUCUGGAAGGUCGACUUGUCAAAAUGCAAGAAUGUCACAGUGUUUCUGGCUCCAAGUGUGCUGUCUUUAUUACAGAAGAAGUUGCAGGUUGAGCUUCCGGAUGAUGCCUUAGUAGUGGCCGGCCGUUUCCCCUUCCCAGACUGGAGCCCUUGCAGGAUUGAGGGGCAGGGAGUGGACAGGGCCUGGUCGUACAGCAUGCAAGCACAACGACAGCACACAAGUCAAAAAAAUGAAAACCUCAUUGUUAGAAGUAUUGUUAGAAAACCACCUCUUGUUAGAAGUAAGUGAUUCUAACAAGAAACUGGUUCAGGAAUAACAAUGGACUUUGAAGAUAAAUUGAUGCACUUAGUCAGAAUGGCAAAGGUUAAUAGACUGACUUUGGGUUAACCAUUCUGAACUAGUGAAGUUUUAGGACUCAGUUUGACAGUUAAAAAAAAAUUAAAAAAAUAAUAUACCCUCCUUAUGUCAUUUAAUUGUGACAUCAGUUAAUCUUUACAAAGUUUUCAAUGUUACACUCUUGUUUAUUUAUACAGGUGCUAAAUUAAGACGCUGGUAUAAAUUAGACAAAAUAAAACCCAUGGAAAAAAGGCUUGUGCAGUGACCUUUGGUAUAUUGAUUGAGCUUUGGAACAAAUUUUACUAGAGAAUAGCUACUCUGCUUGAAAUCUCCUACUUUCUGGGUGCACUGUAAGUUUCUUUACUGUCCUGUGGAACUGGAUUUAUAUUAUUCAUUUUGUUUUGUUUUUUUUACUUGCCAUAUCUCAUAUUUUAGCUCAAAAUAUUCUGUCGUUAUUAAGGACAGAAUAUGACUCCAGUAAAAAUUGCUCUUGCAUUUUUUAUCUGCACCAUGAUAAAAAAAAACUUUUAUGUGUUCUAUAAGUUGUUGUUUUGCUGUUUAAACUGUAUGCCAAUAACUGAUGAUUCAAGGUGCUGUGUUGUGACUUACAAUGUAGAUAAGUAUCAUACGUUGAUACGUUGAUAUCAUAUUUUGAUUACAAUGCAAGCAAUGGAAACCAAAUUACAUUUCUUGUUUGUGUCCACAAACCUGGCAAAUAAAGUUGAUUCAGAUUCUUAUUUUCAUGAACAAAUAAAAUUCACAGUGGUGCAUUAAUUUUUGUAUUUAGCUCUAAUGUGUUUUUAUGUAUUACACACUUAUUUUUUGUGUAUUUUUUUCUGACAGAGAUAACCUUAUUUAUGAAACAUACUGUAUUUUUUUCCCUAAGAUAUAAAUAAAAAGUAUUGCUAUUAUCUUUCUAUGGCUAAUAAAUUACCUUUUAGU